CUGGGUGGAGGCAGCCCGGCUCCCGAGCCUUGGUGAACUCGCGGUCCUCCGUCAGAGGGCAAGCCUGGGAGCCGCGCGUCUCUCGGCUGCCACCUGCGGGGCACCGCUGGGUGCGGGCCGCGAACCCGCGAGGAGCGCGCGGGCAGCCGGAGGAGGAGCCCCGAACGCGGCCGAAGGACGCCGGGUUCUCCUAACCCCGCCACUAACUUGACCCAGCCGCCGAUCUAGAGAAGGCGCCGACGUCCGGGCCCGGCUGCGCGGCUCUCUCUCAGGCCUCGCUCGGCUCUUACGCGCCCCGUCGCCAGCCAGCGCCCCUCCGGGAGCAGUGCCCGCGCGGGAGCGAGGGGGACUGGCCCCGGGCACGAUGCCCGCGGAGCGCCGGCGCCUCCACGGCCUCCCCGGAACUGCAGACCUGCGAUGGCCGCGCAGCUGCCCCGCCGCUGUGUAGUGUAAACGUGAAACGUGAAGGGUGAAGGGGAGCAGUGACCGCCAAAGUGGGCUGAGUGGGAAACCCCAGUCCACAUUGUGGGAACGGCCCUGCAUUGUUUCCAAAGAUGCUGCUGAAGUAGUCUCUGCCAGCACCGCCUGAUUUACUCUACCAAAGCUCUGAACAUGGGCUGCAUGAAGUCAAAGCAAAUGUUCCCAUUUCCUACCACACUGGACAUUGAGAGGCUACAAGAGAUUCAGGAAGGGUUUAUGCUAGACAGCUGCCAACCUAGGACGGCUUCUCCAGAUACCCCCAAAGUCCACGAGGAAGUGAAGGAACAACCCAAUACUGUGAUGGUUGAAUAUGCAGAGGGCCUGGCCAAGGAAAUCAUAGAGGAUGCCAUGCAGCAGUGGGCAUGCGAAAACAUCAAAUACUACAACAUUCCAUACAUCGAGAGUGAGGGCUCUGACCCCAUCAAUGAAUGACAUUUCCUGAACUGUGGAUGUAGCUGGUGCUAGUUUAAAUACAUGAAAUAAGUUUUAAAAAUUCCAACUGGAUGUAAAAACAUGUCUAUGAUAAUGUUAUUAGUGUAGGGAUGCCUAUGAUGAAAUGUGAUUUUUAAGCAGUUCUAUGUCAACAGCAAUCUGCAUCUGCUUGGUCUUGAAUUAUGGUCCAUGGAAGGGCUGGACAGGUCUUGUGACACCACAAUCAGCUGUAUGUCACAGCACUUUCUUCUGAGGCAGUGUUGGCAUUACCAAAGAAAAUGUUGAAUAAAAAGUGCCCAAGUUCCAAAUAGUUAUUUUAAAGAACUGACUUUAAGAUGACUAUUUCUGUUAAUUUAUAAUCAAAAAAGCCCAGGUAUGAAAAGGAUUUUUCUUAAAAUGUUUUGGCAAGGGAAUGGAACUCCUGCCAUCCUGAUCCACAAAAGGUUGAGUUUGUUGAAACCACUGUCAAGGAUCCCCACUUCCUGACAUGUUACCUACCAUUAGGAAACAACCUGUGCAGAAGAAGGCCACCUUAAACCCCAUUCUCAGUAAGAAAUUUAUUUUUGUAGAUGAAAAGUAUAACUACCACUUUGAGCCUCAGGAUCUUAACUACUGCUGUUAUUGGAUGACUCCGCACAUAAAGCCAUCUUAAAAAGACAUGUUAUAGAAGUCAUGACAUUAAUGUUCAUCACAUUAAGAGGCUCUUAAGUAUCUUUUAUAAAUGUUAAAAAUAACAGAAACCCAGUAUGCAAGGUAAAAUUAGGGCUUGGUGUCAGGGCUAAACACAUGAAGCCUUACUGUCCUAGGGACAAUGGUACAAGGGACUUGCUCCAUUUUGUCACUGACUCAUGAAACCCAGAUUGCCGUGGGUUUUUUGUUGUUGUUGUUGUUGUUUUUUUCAGUAACACAUGCCAUUUUAGGACAUUUUAGGCCAUACAUUAUGCUAUUUUCAUAGCCAUUUUUUUAAACUGUCAUAGUGUACACACAUCUUUUUUUAAAGGACUAAAAACUGUUUAAAGAUCAAUAGUAACAGAAGAGUUAGGAGACAGGGAGGAAAAUGCUAAGGACAAAAUCUGAAAGAAAAUAGUGCUGAGCAUCUAGAAUUACAUUUCAUGAAGCUAUGCUAAACACUGAGUUUAUAAAUGGAAAGGAAAUGAGUCCAUUUAUGUUAGACUUUAAAGAUAAUGCACCAGUGUCAUUGACAUCUAAAGAAUGAUAGAAAAAGACAUAAUGUCUUUAAUGAACUGAACAUGUUAUUUGGCUUUUGUCAGUAGGCAGAAAAGCUACCUCUAAUUUUAAUACUUUCAUACCUGCAGUCAAAUAGCGUGAAUCCACCAAGUUAUAGGAGCAAAGAAAUAGGCGAUUGAUGUGCCAUCCUUCAGUUUGCUUUUGGAUCGAUCAUUCCAUGCAAAUUUCAAUGAGCCCUGGGAUUCAGACUUCUCACUACACUUAAUCUAGCAGACAAAAGAAUUGAAAAUGGCUCCUGCUCUUACAACUACGUGCACAUAAGGCCAAGUUUUACAUAAGUACGUCUAACUUAUGAGGGGAAGUACAGUUUUGAGUGUCUUUACUAAUGACUCAUGAAAAGCUGAGAUUAUACUAUCUUUCAUUCAUUUUUUUCAUAGGACACUUGUGGCAAGGUCAUUUGCCAUUUAAAAGUAUAAUUAAGGAUAUAAAACAAUGCAUAUUUUGGUAAGAACACAAAGAUAUAGAAAGCAGCAUGUUCCACUAAAUCCUUUAAUUUGCCCAGGGACAAUGGCAAGUGGGUCUGAGUUACAGCUAAGUAUUUUAGCUUCAGGUUUAUUUCUUUGUCCUGUGCUUAUCCUUCAAGGGUAGGACAGGAAGGCUCCAGAUCCACAUCUAGCGAGAGGUCUACUCUGUGCUGUCACCCUCUCUCAGCAACUGCAGUGGCAGUUUUUCCAUGGUGCAAGUAAAAUGCCCUCACCCUGAGUCAUGCUUUUGUAACGAUGUACAUAAUAUCUUCCAAGAUCUAUCUUUGAAAUAUAUGCUGAAGUAUGUCAACCCAUGAACAAGAAAGUACAAAACUUACACACUGGGUUAGUGGAUAAAUCAUGUGGGAGAAGAAGAGUUGAAUAAACAGAAUUUAUACUCCAUUGGAUAGUUAUUAGGAUAAAGUUUGGCCUUGAUGGCAAUGAAACAUAUUUAGUAAGGAAUUAGGCGCCUCUCAUACCUUUAUAUUCAAGCAUUUGAUCUUCACUUUCUUGAGUGAGAAGAAAAAGAGUCCUGUGAAGUGGAUCCUGAAAGACUCAUUAGCACUUGGACAAGGGCCUGUUUGGAACACGAGUGUAAGGGCAGAGGCACCUCUAUCAGCAAAGGGACCUCCAGGGCAACUGUGGCAGCAUAUGGGCAGAGGAAAGAAAUGACUGAUUCCUUAUUUACGAGUCUCUCAACCCCCAGCGUGCUUCACUGCUCCUUCCUGCUGUCUGCCUCCUGUACCUCUCAGUCACAGGCCUUUGAUCCUAGAAUUCCCCUUUUAGUUGCCUUGUCAGUUCUCUCCAAUCUGCCUUGGUUAUUACCAUAUAAAGCACAAUUAUGAAGGGGACAAAAAUGAUUCUCUUAGGUCCAAAGAAAUACUUUGUGUCAAAUUAUCUUGUAAGCACUAAAAAUAAACACAGAAUUAGCAUGAUACUCAUACCCUACUUAUCAAUGACAUUUGAUGAGAGGAGACAGAGUGCACAUCUACAUUGUAUUAUUUUAGGAAUCGGAAGUUAGAAACAUAAUUGCUGCCUAGAAACAGUACUUUAUAAAGUUCUAACAAAUACAGUGUCUAAACAAAAUGCUCUCAUCUGGUCUUGAAAUGACCAAAUAAGCCAUGUCUUCCUUGGAGCCACAGCACUGGCUCUAAAGAAUAAAACUGUCUCUUGAUUUAUAGAACUCAAGUUCUGUUAGCAAGUUUUCUUCCCAAUGUUAACUAUGAAGUAGUAUUUUUUUCCCCAAAUAUUUUUGUGAAAACAUUUUUUGUAACUGUAAUAAAAGUCUAGUUGCAAUUAGCUGUCAGUUAUCAUUCAAUUGAAGCAAAUUCUUUUCAACACAGUACACUUUGGCAUUUUUUAACAUAAAACCUUAUAUUCUGUAUUGCUACCAAGUAUGAAGUAAAUAGAAGUGUACUUGUACAGAUAAUUUCUUGGGUCAUUAAGGUCUAAUUUAGGAGCUUCAAAAACAGAAAUGUAGAGCAUGUCCAACACCAUGGCAUCUGUAUUUCAGACCUGUUCUGUACUGUUUGGAAGGAAAAGCCCUCAUGUCAAACAGACUAAGAACUGAGAGAAUUUAAAGCAGUGGUUUCGAAUGCAGGGCAUGAGCCUCAGUGCCCUUUUCAGUUCUGUUGGGUUUUUGUUCUUAUACAUCUCAAGUUCUCUUAGUUUGCAGGAGUUUGGAAUUAAGGAGACAUUACAGUAAGUUACAAAAUAUGAUUAGCUGACUUUUAAUAUAAAAAUUGUUCUGACUUAGAAAUUUAAGGACUUUAGAACUCUUCACAGUUUCUUGCAUACCUUAAAAACAUCCUGUUGAAUACCAAUUAUUGAAAAUAUUUAUGUUUUAACUGUUUAAUUAUCACACGAAGGCUUAGUGUAACUUACAAAAGGCAGUAUGUCUAUCUUAGAGACAGGAAUUUCUUAAUUCCUCAUUCUUCCAGAUUAACAAAUACUGCAUAUAACAAGAAUACUGUUUUCAUUCCCAACAGGGGUAGGUAUUCUGAUGACUUUAGGAAAGGCUAAGGCUGAGUUAACAUUAUAAAGAAAAAACUUCAGAAGACUUUUUUUUCUUUACUUGACAUUUUUAAUGUUUAUAAAAGGAACUCUUCAGGGUGAAGAGAUGACUCAGUGGUUAAGA